ACACAGAGCAGAAAAUAAACAAAAAUUCCCACGCUCAUUUCCUCAUGAAAUUAAUGAAUUUGUAUACAAAGAAAAGACAGUGAUACAUAUUCUGUCACUAUAUUUACUUAUUAUGAGUGUUUUUCUGUAAUGUCUUUUCUUGACGAUGAAGAUAAAUUGAUAGCUGCAUGGCAUAAAGCGUUUGAAAGGUGCACCGAUGUAGACUUGUGGGGUCAACCACUGGAAGCAAUUGAUGGAUAUCAGAGACUUUCAAAGCAACUCCUGCAAUGUUCCAAUGUGGACUGUCAAAUUUUCACCGAUGAACAAAAAAAAAUACUUUCAAAGAUAUCUAUUUGCUUGGAUCUAAGGUGUAAAUCAUUGCAGAAUCCAGGAAGUAUAGAGGGAAUUUUGUUAGAUGAUUUGAAAAAGAUCGGAAAUACUUUACAGAAUAUUCUUAAUCAGAAGAGUAAAGAUUUUCCAGUAGAUGUGACUGCAGCUCAAAUACAAUCACAGACAUUCAAUGGAAUCAAGACACAACACAGUUCUGACAAUGAAGAUGACAGACAAGAAAAAGAUGCCUUUUUUGUAUAUGAUGUUUCAGUUAAAGGAAGUUUGUUACCAAAGCCAGUUUCCUUCGGAGGAUUACCGAUGCUUUCUAUCAGGGUAGAGAAGAUUGGUCUGAAAGAUGCUGUAUCAUACAUUGACCCAUUCAUCACUGUUUCUGUUAAAGAUGCUAGUGGUAGUGAUAUGACAGCUCCACAGGACACACCAAUUGCUAUGAACAAGGAAGGAAGCUAUUUGAUUUACAAUGUUGAUGUUUUUGUACAGAAGUGUAUUGAUAGUUUGCCAUUAGGUUUUGCAAUAUUUUUUGAAUUGAAGCAUUACAAACCAAAGAAAAAAGAUGUUAGUACUAAGUGCUGGGCCUUUAUGGAGAAAGAUGAAAUCAAAGAGGGACAAGCUGCCUUAGAAUUAUACAAAAAACCAACUGAUUUCAAAAGGAAAAAAUUAAAUCUGUUGACAGUUAAACCAUUAUAUUUACACCUGAAGCUGUUGAUUAAUAUUUAAAUGUUUUUUUUUAAUUUUUAACUAUAUAAUAUUUUUAUAUAUACAUAUCAUUUUAUAUACAGGUCUAAUGAAGAUUUUUUUAUUAACUUUAUACAGUUUAUUAAGUAGAAUGUUUUUGUAUUAUUAUUAUUUUUUGGUCAUAACAGGAUUCAGUUAUAUUUUUAAGUUACAAGUAUUAUUUUUUUUGCACUAAUGGGAGAUAACUGUUGAUUGGACAAAGGGAUAUAACUGCAAUAAUUAUUGAUUGUUUUUGUGUUUUGUUAAAUCAGUUUGUACAGAAUCCCCUAUUCAGGGAUGUAAAAAGCUAAAAACUAUAUCAAUUUCUGCUAAGGCCAACUAAAAUAAAGAAACUGAUGGAAAGCAAACAAAUUCUUGGUUACAUACAUGACUUUAAAAGUCUUCAAUUGUGUUCUCACUUUUUACUUCAUUUAUCAGUAAAUCAGUCACUGUACUUUGAUAAUUUUUAUGCCUCCAUGAUGAAAUGCUGAAUUAAUUUAUCUCUGACAAAAUCUCUGUGUGCAUAUAGGAUAUAUGGUUUGUCUAUCAUACUCCUCUUUUAGUUAAAAAGAUAAAAAGUCGUGAAUUUGUUGAACAGAUGUACAUAUACUGAAUGAUGUGCACAUUGACAGGAUUUUUAUUUUCUUCAGUUUUAUUGAAAUUUACCAGUUAUUGAGCUUGGUCAAUUUUUGCGAAAGUUCCCAUAUUAGUACAGUAUUUUUCGGUCAAAUUCAUCUUUUCACUAUUUAUUAAAUUACCCUGCUGAUUUUGGUUAAAAUACUGUGUAGUUGAAUUUAAAUUUUUUUUUUUUUUUAAAGCUAUCACUAUUUAAAAUGUAUUGAUUUAAAUUCUGUUUAAAGAUAGCUGUUUGUCAGUGAUUUAAUUUUAUUUCUUUGUAGGAUUUUGAUAGCUUUAUAUAUCUUAAUUGUUCAUAAGCAUUAUUUGUCUUAUCUUGUGGUGUUCAUGAACUACCAGUAUCUGGUUUUAAAAAUAUAAAUUUAAAAAAAAUAUCUAAAAAUCAGAUCUUCAGAACUUCUGACAUUAAAAUGAGGUAAUGAUUUUUGCACAGUUCAUGUAUAUUCACAGUUUCAUAUUGUUUUUGGUCCAAAAGAGGAGAUAAGUUUUUUGCCUUAUUAAUUAGAGCAUUACAACAAUUCAUGUUUUACAUUUAAAAUAAUUGAUAGGUAUAUGUGAAAGUUUAAGUUGUAAGAUCUAUAAGAUAUUAUAAAUAUUCGCUGAGAUUGAAAGGAUGAAAGAUUGCAUAGAUUUAGAUUUUAUUCUAAUAAUUAGUAAAAUUUCAGUGAAAAUUUGGGCCAAGUAAGGCCCGUAAUAUACCUUGUCCUUUAAUUUUCAUUGGACAAUUAAUUCAUAGUAGAUAGUUCAGCAUAAGCUAUGUGUUCAAUAGGCAGAAAAUCAUACUGAGUGAUGUCUUCCAUUAAUACGUUCUUUAUAAUCUGUGUUCUCUCUAUAACAUUGUAGUUUUAUUGUAGCUCUAUAGUUAUUGUUAUACAUAAUAAAAAUGUUUUAUAUUAAA